AUGUCGUCCCAGAGCAGCUCACAAAAAUACGUCGUCGUUGGCGCGGGCCCAGUGGGGUCUCUUGCAGCCCUGUACGCCGCCAAGCGAGGCUUCAACGUCGAGGUAUAUGAGCUCAGAGCAGACCUCAGAGACCCGUCCACCACGCCCCUCAACUUCACAAAGUCCAUCAACCUGGCCCUCUCAGAACGAGGCAUCAACGCUCUGCGCAAUGCCAACGAGCCCGCACUGCUCCAGCGUGUGCUGGCCUCUACGCUGCCCAUGAGAGGCCGCAUGAUUCACGGCCGCAAGCCCACGGGCGAGCUCUAUGAGGCGUCACAGGACUAUGAUGCCCACGGCCGGGCCAUUAACGCCGCGGACCGUGCCGGUCUCAACAAGCAGCUCCUGGACUGUCUAGCGGAGAUGCCCAACGUCAAGUUGUUCUUCCACCACAAGCUCACGGGCGCCGACUUCAAGCGGCAAAAGGCGUGGUUCGAGGAUCGUAGCGAUGCCAAGAGCCCGAACGAGAUUGAAAUCUCCUUUGACUUCAUGAUUGGCGCCGACGGUGCCCACUCAGCCGCCCGGUACCACCUGAUGAAGUACACACAGAUGAGCUACAAGCAAGAGUAUAUAGAUACGCUGUGGUGCGAGUUCCAGAUCAUGCCCAAGCCAGGCAAGACGGCCAUCAACGGGCCAGACUCGAUGUUCAAGAUCUCACCCAACCAUCUGCACAUCUGGCCCGGCAAGCAGUUCAUGUUCAUUGCCAUCCCCAGCGAGGACGGCACCUUUACAUGCACGCUCUUCAUGCACAAUGCAGGCUAUGCCAAGCUCGAGGCCGACCCGACACAGGUCCCGGCCUUUUUCGACCAGCACUUCCCCGGCGUGACGGACCUCAUCCCGCCAUCGGAGCUGGUCGCCUCGUUCAAGGCAAACCCGCACCUCCCGCUCAUCAACAUCAAGUGCACGCCCUACCACUACGGCAGCUCCGGCGUCAUCAUCGGCGACGCCGCGCACGCCAUGGUGCCCUUCUACGGACAAGGCAUGAACGCCGGCCUCGAGGACGUCCGGAUCCUCUUUGAGACGCUGGACAAGCACAACGCCGCCGCCACCACCGCCGCCACGGCCGCCGCCCAGCGCGCGGCCGCCCUCGCCGAGUACACGGCCCUCCGCACGCCCGACGCCCACGCGAUCAACGACCUCGCCCUCGCCAACUACGUCGAGAUGCGCGCCUCGGUGCUCUCCCGGACCUACCAGCUGCGCAAGUUCCUCGAGGAGUUCCUCUCCGUCCACGUGCCCCGCCUGGGCUGGCACACAAAGUACUCGCGUGUCAGCUUCAGCAACGACCCGUACUCGGCCGUCAUCGCGCGCUCCGAGUACCAGGGCCGCAUGCUCACGCGCAUGUUUGCCGGCGUGCUGGUCCCCGCCGUGGCGGGGCUGGCGUGGUUCGUCGCGAGGUGGUCUGGUGCCGUUGCCGGACCGCGCAGGCAUGGCGGCGGUGUCUUUGAGGCGGUGCUGAGUGGGAUAAACCAUGGUCUCGCGACGGUCGGUCUGCGGAGGUGA